UGUGACCAGCCGCGGGGUCCCACGUGGGAGGGUGGUGCGGUGUGUGGGGUCCCCAGGAUGGUUGUAAUGGAAGCGCUGCUGCCGCUCCCGCUCCUGCUUCUCUUCCCGGUGCUGCUGCCGGCCGGCGCGGCUCCCGCCCCCCGGGCAGUGGGCCUCGGGCUGGAGGAGCACAUCUUCCAGCAGGUGCGGGACCACUUCAGCUUCGAGCCCCCUGGCAGUGAGACCUUCCCGCAGCGGUACCUGGUCUCAGCAAAGUUCUGGAAGAAAGGAUUUGGACCCAUCUUCUUCUAUACCGGCAAUGAAGGUGACAUCUGGACUUUUGCUCAGAACUCAGACUUCAUAUUUGAAUUAGCAGAGGAACAGCAAGCACUUGUGAUUUUCGCUGAGCAUAGGUACUAUGGGAAAUCUCUUCCAUUUGGACUUGAGUCAACACAGCUGAAGAAGACGGGUCUGCUUACCGUGGAGCAAGCCCUUGCGGACUAUGCAGUGCUCAUUACCGAGCUUAAGCAGCAGUAUGGUGCUGCUGCCUGCCCUGUCAUUGCUUUUGGAGGCAGCUAUGGAGGGAUGCUGAGUGCUUACAUGAGGAUGAAAUACCCAAACAUCGUGGCUGGAGCGUUAGCUGCCAGUGCUCCUUUGUUGUCCGUGGCUGGGCUUGGAGACCCCACUCAGUUCUUCAGAGAUGUAACAGCAGACUUUCAGAAGUCCAGCCCAGGCUGCGUCGCUGCUGUCCGCAAAGCCUUCCAGCAGAUUAAGGAUCUGUUCCUGAGUGGAGCCUACGAUGAAAUCAGCAGCAAAAUGGCCACGUGCAAUAAGAUCUCUAACAAGGAGGAUGUUUACCAGCUUUUUGGGUUUGCUAGAAAUGCCUUCACCAUGAUGGCCAUGAUGGACUACCCUUACAAAACAGAUUUCAUGGGUCACCUCCCUGCCAAUCCAGUGAAGGUCAGCUGUGAACAAAUCCUUGCGCACACAGAUGCAAUUCAAGGCCUGGCUGCUCUUGUUGGGGUGUUUUACAACAACUCCGGCUCAGCGCAGUGCUACGACAUAUACCAGCUGUACCAGUCGUGUGCUGAUCCCACAGGCUGCGGCAUCGGCUCGGACGCUGAGGCCUGGGACUACCAGGUUUGCACCGAGAUCAACUUAACUUUCAACAGCAACAACGUGACUGACAUGUUCCCCGAGAUGCCCUUCACGGAGGCCAUGCGAGAGCAGUACUGUCAGAGCAAAUGGCACGUGAAGCCACGAGCACACUGGCUGCGGACAAACUUUUGGGGAGGAGACCUGAAAAGUGCAAGCAACAUCAUUUUUUCAAAUGGAGAUUUGGACCCAUGGGCUGGAGGUGGGAUCAACAGCAGCCUCAGCCCUUCACUAAUUGCAUUGACCAUUAAAGGAGGCGCUCAUCACCUAGAUCUCCGAGGCCGCAAUCCAGCUGACCCCCCAUCUGUCACAGAAGUGCGCAAGCUCGAAGCGAGCAUCAUCAACGGCUGGGUGAAAUCUGCAGGGCUGGAAAGAGCACGGGAGCAGCACCUGGGAGCUUCCGCGGACAGAUGGCUGUGACUGUGUCCAUGCCCACAGCAUCUGCUGGGCACGCGAGGCUGCACGGAGAGCAGCCUGCCGUGGGUGCUGCUUUGGGAAAGUGUUCUGUGUUCUCUCCUCUGCCGCGAUGGUGGAAAUUCACCUUUCUGAAGUGUCUCACCUGCCCCUAAUCAAGCAUCAAAAGAAAAGCAAAAGGCCAAAUGACUGACUGAAACUCCAGCCACGCUGUGUGGGUUUCAUGCUCACCUGCUGGAAAUGAAAAGGCAUUAUAAAUGGUGAAAAUAACAAAAGCUUGCCUGGAAGGCCCAAGAAUUAUCACUGUCCUGAACAGGAUGGUUGCAUGAGGCACUGUAAGGUUGAAGCGAAAUUAUUUUUAGACAAAAAGUAAGCAUAAGAUGACUAGCAGAAAAGUAGAGGUACGGUCAUUACUUAUACAGGUUCACAUGGGACUCCACUAGUGUGACCAAUUAUAUAUAAUUUGGAAAAAAAAAACCAAAAACAACUCCAGCAGCCUCAUCCAGUGCUGUAGGUUUGGGAGGUUUUGUUUGUUUUUAGUUUGAACUUGCACAAGAGAUUUCCAGUUGUUGAGCUGGAGAUUUAUACAAAGUAAUCCCGGUGUGUAGUGCUGUCACUCAAGAGCUGUGUAUUAGUGACCAGUAAAGCACACCCACUUGAGACACCUUCAGAUCUUUUUAAAAUAAAUUACAGGUUUAUUAAA